AUGGUACCUAUCCCAAAUACCGGGGCCAUACCUAUCAACUGCCAUCCUCCGCCCAAGGAGGAAAUCGAGACUGCGCCAAUGAUCGGCCCUGUUGCUCUCAUUCGUAGUCCUUUUCAUGACUGCCUAGAAUCUUUUGGCACUUUCCAGACUCAGUUUAUAGCCCGCCCUCCUGAAGGUUUCGUGAAUGGAUAUAUCAAGUUCGCGUGGGGCAAAGAUUCCCAACCGGGGGUGAUCACGGCUAAGGUACUCCCGAACGGCGAGACGGUCCCCUUGGAUCUAUCGCCACCAAUCAGGUCUUCUACUACACCUCCUAUGUCGGCUAUUCAUUAUUAUGCCGCCUUGACGCCACUCGCCACCGACGUGGGCGUCAAAAUAGAGACUUCGCCAUCUCCAACGAACAUAGGCGACCUUUCACCAAGCGGUAUGGAGUAUUCAGGAUUCAGUACUCCCCCAUUAGACUCGCAGGGAUCUUCCCCUAUCAGCAGUACCUCGGUCACCCACUACCAAGAUGGGCCCCAGAUGCUUCCGCCUCAGUUUGGAUACCAGGCCAAGGUUGACGAUCGCAUGGACAGGCGGUUUUGGCAGUUUUAUAUUAAGAAUUGGUGUCCUGGAAGGAGUGUUCUGAAGAAAACAAACCUUUGGCUGAAGGACUUUGCCUCAAUGCAUGGACAAGAAGGUGUACGUGCUGCCAUGCAAAGUCUAGCUGGUGUAUACAUUUACGACUACGUUCCAUCGGAGAAAAUUGUCAAACGAGUCAACGAGCUCUUCAGGGUAGCGGAAAAUCGAAUGACGGAAUUGCUUAACGACCCUGAAGCAGCGGGAGAUGAGCGCAAGGCCCAGGAACUCAUCACCAUCACCACUCUUCUUUCCAUGCAAGAUAUCGUUUUGACCGAGCGUCGUGCCCUAAAGCCUGAACGCUCUCGCUGGCUUCUUGGCUUCCUCGAAGCCGAGAAUGCUUUGCAGCGUAUAGAUCCAGGGACGAGAUUUUGGAAUCCAGAUAAUAUUCAGCUGGACUCGCUUCGAAUUGCUCAGUCCAUCAUGGUCGGCCGGGCUGUGAUUCUCGCCCAGCCUAUGAUGCCGCUCAUCUCGCCUCACGAGCUUGAUCCUCAGAAAGAAGCCUCUAGGUUUGGAUGGUUGUUAUACGGUACAGAGAAAGAGAUGUACGAGAUCCAUGGCGGUUGUGGGUUCUCAAAAAAAUUGCUUCACGUCGUCAGCCAAAUUACUUAUUGCGCGGCCCGUCUUCAGCAAGAACCGGAGAGCCCCAUUACGCCAAUGACCAUACAGUUUCUGUUAGAUGAGCUCCAGGAGAUGAGACAGUGGAGUAGUGAGUCCCGGUCAUGGGACAUGGCAAAAAAAGGGUAUCAGACAAUCGUCUGGGUGCAACAACAGCCCGAUGGCUUCACAAUAAACACCAGCGCAGACAUGACAGACGUCACGGCCGAAACAUGGAGAAUCGCUGUUAUCGUGUACCUACAAUGUCGAGGGCUGAGGCUCCCUCGAAAUCACCCUGACGUCAUUGCCAACCUCGAUUCAUUGGCCCGGUGCAUCCGCGUAAUGCCUACAUCUGGAUCGAACUUCACUGCACAGGCUCCUCUUUUUCCCGUGUUUCUACUUGGAUUACUAGCGACAGUCCCCAUGCACAAAGAAGUGUCACAGAAGUGGUUCAGCAGCGUUGUGAGAACGCCUGUAAGAAGCAGCGUUCCACCCCUGUUCCAGGUUCUCCAGCGAAUUUGGACUUGGAUUGACUGCGACCUUCCUCUAGACAACAAAAACAUCCCUGAAUCCGUCAGUGCCAGGGAUCACUGGUGGGAGAAGCUUGUUUCCCUAGUGCGUGAAAAGGAACCGGAAACGCUAUGCUUGACCUAG